UUAUUGGUCAUGGUUUGAAAAAUGGAGGGAAUCUGAGUCAUGCUGACUGUGGUUUGAAAAAUAUAGGAGGGAAGUUUGUGUGUAUAUAGGAGAAUUAUACACUUGCAGCAGAGUUAGAGUUGAAGUUACAUGCUGGAGAACUGGAAGAGUUCAGAUUCAGAGGAAGAAAGAGACACAGUUUGGCGUUUUGAGUGUAAGCUGAGAGUCCAGAAGAAAGCUGGGAAAGGCUUUCACGAAGUACAGAACUGAAGAAUUGCUGUCAUAGUCUGAGAGAGGAUUAGAACUGUGGUCUGGGGCUAAAAAGAGCGGUGGAAUCACUGGCAGAGAGUGGAAACUCUCUGGUGAGCUAAAACAUUCACAAGUAAGAAGAAACAGACUGGGCUGAACCUCAGAACUAGGAAGAAGAACAGGACGGGAGGCUGAACAAGGGAAAAGCUGGGGUUGCUGAAAAAGCUGGAGUGAUUGAGAAGGACUCUAAGUCAGAGCACAGUGAGAGUCAGAUGAUAGGGGAAGCUGGCCUUGCAGCACAUUUUCCGCAGUGGAACGACUCCUGUUUUCAGAAAGAAAUUAUUAUGGAGGUCAGAUGUAUUGACUUAUUGAAAGAAGGACUACAUUCCAGCCUAUUGCUAGCUUAAAGAGAGCAAGGAGAGACAUUCUCACUGGCUGCUCAUCAUUUCCUUGGAACAGAAGAGCCUCCCUUUGGAAACCCAACAAAAUGCUGCGGAAUAUCUGAAUUUUUGAUCAAAGAAGAAGGCGAUUAUGUCUCAUACACGAAAACCCCCUCUAGUGACAGGCAUUUCUCCCAAUGAAGGUAUUGCAUGGACAAAGGUCACAAUUCGAGGAGAGAACUUGGGAAUGGGUCCAACAGAUCUUAUAGGUUUGACAAUCUGUGGACACAACUGUCUUCUCACUGCUGAAUGGAUGUCUGCCAGCAAAAUUGUGUGUCGAGUAGGUCAAGCCAAGAAUGACAAAGGGGACAUUAUUGUCACAACAAAGUCUGGAGGCAAAGGAACUUCAACUGUUUCUUUCAAACUCCUGAAACCUGAAAAAAUAGGUAUCUUGGAUCAGUCUGCUGUCUGGGUUGAUGAAAUAAACUAUUAUGACAUGCGCACUGACAGGAACAAAGGGAUGCCCCCUUUGUCUCUCCGACCGGCUAAUCCUCUUGGUAUUGAGAUAGACAAAGGAAAGUUUCCUCAGAAAGAGUUGGAAGCACUGUUUCCUGGGAUGAGUGCUGACUUCACCAGUGAAAACUUCUCUGCUGCCUGGUAUUUGAUAGAGAACCAUUCAACAACAAGUUUUGAUCAGCUUAAAAUGGCAGUAAUGAAUUUGAAGAAACAAGCCAACAAGAAGAAUGAAGGAAGUCUAGCAUAUGUCAAAGGAGGACUCAGCACCUUUUUUGAAGCACAAGAUGCCCUGUCAGCAAUCCAUCAGAAACUGGAAGCGGAUGGAACAGAAAAAGUGGAAGGAUCCAUGACGCAAAAACUAGAGAAUGUUCUGAACAGAGCAAGCAACACUGCUGAUACUUUGUUUCAAGAAGUUUUGGGUCGCAAAGACAAGGCUGAUUCAACAAGAAAUGCACUCAACGUCCUCCAGCGCUUCAAAUUCCUUUUCAACCUACCAUUGAAUAUUGAAAGAAAUAUUCAAAAAGGUGAUUAUGAUGUAGUCAUUAAUGACUAUGAAAAAGCCAAGUCACUAUUUGGGAAGACUGAGGUUCAAGUGUUCAAAAAAUAUUAUGCUGAAGUUGAAACUCGAGUUGAGGCAUUAAGGAAACUACUUCUCGAUAAAUUGUUUGAGACUCCAUCGACAUUACAUGAUCAAAAACGCUACAUAAGAUACCUUUCUGAUCUCCAUGCAGAAGGGGAUCCAGCAUGGCAGUGUAUUGGUGCCCAACAUAAGUGGAUUCUUCAGCUUAUGCACAACUGUAAAGAGAGCUAUAUCAAAGAACAGAAAGGCAGUACGUUAGUGCACAGUCCAAUGUUAGAUCUGGACAGCGAUGUCCGUCCAUCAUCACUUGGCCAUCUCAGUCGAAGUGCUUCACUGAAAAGGGGCAGCAGCAAUCAGUCUAGUCGUGAUGAAACUUGGCGAUUUAAGGCCCCUCAGCAAGUGGCGUUUGUUGAAAAGCUAACAAAGCUUGUCGUAAGCCAGCUUCCGAACUUCUGGAAACUCUGGAUUUCGUAUGUGAAUGGGAGCCUCUUUAGCGAGACUGCUGAGAAAUCUGGCCAAAUGGAAAGGUCAAAGAAGAAUGCUAGACAAAGGCAAAAUGAUUUCAAGAUUAUGAUUCAACAAGUGAUGAAGUCCCUGGUGAAACUCAUUCGUGGUGCUUUGCUUCCAUUCAGCCUUGGAGAGAGUGAGCUCAGAGAGUAUGGUGGCUGGGAAAUGAAAUCUGAGCUCUCUGGCCAAUGGUUACCUCAUGUCAUACAGACAAUUAGACUUAGUUAUGAAUCUCUUACUGUACUUGAAAUACCAAAUGAUAUGCUUCAGAUCAUUCAAGAUCUUAUUUUUGAUCUCAGAGUCCGUUGCAUAAUGAUUACUUUACAACACACUGCUGAAGAUGUGAAGAGAUUAGCUGAAAAGGAAGACUGGAUCGUUGAUAAUGAAGGCUUAACCUGUUUGCCGUCACAGUUUGAACAGUGCAUUGUGCAUUCUUUGCAGUCACUUAAGAGUGUCCUGGAUUGCAAAUCUGGAGAGACUAGUGUUUUUCAGCAACCUAAAAUACAGGAAGACAUGUGCCAGCUGAGCAUUAACAUCAUGCAGGUGUUCAUCGAUUGCCUGGAACAACUGAGUACCAAGCCUGAUAGUGAUGUAGAUACUACACAUGUUUCAGCAGAUGUUUCAUCACCAGAUUUAUUUGGAAGCAUCCACGAAGACUCCAGUUUGCCUUUAGAACGGAGGCUUCUGAUUGUUCUUAGUAACUGCUGCUAUCUAGAACGUCACACCUUCCUAAACUUAGCUGAGCACUUUGAGAAACAUGGUUUCCAAGGAGUUGAAAAAAUCACUCAAGUUAGCAUGGACUCGUUAAAGGAGCUUGAUCAACGGCUGUUUGAAAUGUAUAUUGAACUAAAGGCUGACCCCAUAGUAGGCUCCUUGGAACCUGGCAUUUAUGCAGGUUAUUUUGAUUGGAAAGACUGUCUUGCUCCAACAGGUGUCAGAAACUAUUUGAAGGAAGCUUUAGUACACAUAAUUGCCGUUCAUGCUGAGGUAUUCACUGUUUCAAAAGAACUUGUGCCCAGAGUAUUAUCAAGGAUUGUUGAAGCAGUUGCUGAAGAACUCAGCAGGCUGAUGCAGUGUGUUUCAUCCUUCAGCAGAAAUGGCUCUUUGCAGGCCAGGCUUGAAAUUUGUGCACUGAGAGACGCCUUGGCCGUAUUCCUCACACCUGAAAGCAACUCAAGCUUUAAGCAGGCCUUGGAAGCCUUGCCUCAGUUGUCAAGCGGUGGAGAUAAAAAGUUGCUAGAAGAACUGCUAAACACAUUCAAGAGUAGCAUGCAGUUGCAGCUCACCUGCUUUCAAGCUGCUGCUUCCACAGUGGUGAAGACAUAAGGCAACUAUGCAAUGUAGUCAUUUCUGGAAGAGACCAUGUAAACGCCAUCAUUCUUGAUAUUUGUAUUCGCAACACUCAUUGUAUUUUAUUGCUGUUUAUCUCACUGACAACAGCUGUGUUACUCCAUUUGUAUGAGAUGUUUAUUUCCUAUAUAAGUAGUCAGAAUUCAGUCUAGUUUAUUUCUCAGCCUGUAGUCCAUGUUGCUGAAAGAUUCAUUGCCAUAAUAUGUUCUUUGUGUCUGUAAGGUUAUAUGCUGAAGCCAAGGUUCUUAUUUAGGAGCAUGCCAUUAAUGUAUGCAAAAAUAAAAAAGUCUUGUGGUAAUUUUCCACAGCAUAUAUGUAAUUGCUUGGUAAACUGGUGGUAUGUCUGUAAUGGUGGCAAGGAGAUUUUCCCCAUUCUCCUGUUUCCCUAUAUUUCUGACAAAAAUGUGAUAACUUUUCCCUCACAAUACAAAUGGUUCACUUCCCAAAUGGUGCAGGAAUGCCAUGGCCAUCUGUGAUCACCCAUAAACCUGAAUAACAGAUCUACAGCUACCAUUUGCCAGCUAACUUCCAUGUAAUGAUUUCUCACAGCAAGCCUCUGCAUCAGUCGAUGAACAUAUUAGCAUUUUGCACGAGUCAGUUGGCAAAAGCUCUGUCUAAUUAAAAUCGGUUUGUACUCAUAA